AUGGCGCUUGUGCUCACGUACAAGAAUGGUUUUGCGCCCCUUAUUGACGAGCAUUACGCAGCUGCCAACAAGCUGGCGUAUGAACCAGCAGAGAUUCAAGCGUCUGUAGUUAUCGUAACAACGCGCAGUUUGGUGAGCUCGAAUUCUCGUCUUGUGCUUGUGUUCGAAUACUUUUCGUCGAGCUUUUGCCCGUCAGCGACUGCCAACAAGCCAACAAAAACUUGCAACGGAUCCGUGCAGUAA